AUGGUGGUUGCUGCCACCUGCCCUCGGUGCCUGCCUCAGUUUCCCUGGCGCCCUGUGCCAUAUCCCGUUUUCUGCCGCGUCUACAUGCCCGACCACUCCUACGUCACCAUCCGCAGCCGCCUCUCGGCCUCGGUGCAGGACAUCCUGGCCUCGGUCACCGAGAAGCUGCAGUACUCGGAGGAGCAGAGUGCCCGCGAGGACGCCCUCAUCCUCGUCACCAUGGCCUCCUCCGGAGAGAAAGCGGUGCUGCAGCCCAGCGAGGAGUGUGUCUUCACCACCCUGGGCAUCAACAGCCACCUCUUCGCCUGCACCAGGGACACCUUCGACUCCCUGGUGCCGCUGCCGGAGGAGAUCCAGGUGGUCCCGGGGGACACGGAGAUCCACCGCGCGGAGCCGGAGGACAUCGCCAACCACCUCACCGCCUUCCACUGGGAGCUCUUCCGCUGCAUCCACGAGCUGGAAUUCGUGGACUACGUGUUCCACGGGGAGCGGGGCCGGCGGGAGACGGCCAACCUGGAGCUGCUGCUGCAGCGCUGCAGUGAGGUGCAGCACUGGGUGGGCACCGAGCUGCUGCUCUGCGAGUCGCUGGGCAAACGUGCCCACCUCCUCAAGAAGCUCAUCAAAAUCGCCGCCAUCUGCAAGCAGAACCAGGACAUGCUCUCCUUCUACGCCAUCAUCAUCGGGCUCAACAACGCUGCCAUCAGCCGCCUGCGCCUCACCUGGGAGAAGCUCCCGGGAAAAUUCAAGAACCUGUUUCGGAAGUUUGAGAACCUGACGGACCCCUGUAGGAACCACAAGACCUACCGAGAGGUGCUGGCCAAGAUGAAACCCCCCCUCAUCCCUUUCGUGCCGCUCAUCCUCAAAGAUCUGACCUUCCUGCACGAAGGCAGCAAGACCCUCCUGGAUGGGCUGGUCAAUGUGGAGAAACUGGUGGGUGCCCCUCGCUGGGGGGGAUGUGGCCGAGGGACCCCCAGGGUGAGGCCAGGGAAAGGGGGGGCACCACUGAGGGGCUGUGACCCUCCUGUCCCUGCAGUGGAAUGGGGGGGCUGGGGGGUGCAGGGUCCCAGGGGUGCAGAAUAA